AUGACGUCCCUCGUCCCUAACAAAGUCGAAUUCUCCCCGGCCGCCUCCCCGCGUGCCUCCCCCCGCAUCCGUCCCCACCGUGCAUCCCUCUCCUCCGUCCUCCAGGCAAAAUUCCACCGAGCUAACCGCACUGCUGAAUCUUCUCCUGACAUCCCAGUCUCCGAUUCUGCCAUCGGCUCGUCCCUAGCAGACCUUGACAUCGGCCCUUCUCAUGAAGACUCUACCUCAUCCGUGAUGAUGAAAUCCUCCAAAUCUUCCUCAAAAUCUCUCGCCACGAUUCCUCGUGAAGGUGCUGCCAAUAGUUUUUACGAACAAGUAAAAUCAUGGUAUGAAGAGCAACUCGAACAGUUCGCCAAUAUAAACGGCGAUUCUGCGGGAUCUGGUCCCGCUGGUCCCGUUGGUUCAAGUUUUGAAUCCCUUCGUAAGCUCGAAGCGAUCCUUGACUCUGCAGCUCUCGAACGUCCUUCCCAUAUCCGUCGUCGUUCUUCUCGCUCUCUGAAAAAUAAUCAUAAACCAUUAUUGUCCCAUGCUGCCAGUCUCGAAGAUUUUUACACCACUGAUAACGAAAAGACCAUUCUUCAAGAUGUUCCGGGAUGUGAAGCCGACCUCGAUAAUUCUAAGGAAUGGAGUGUCGAAUUUAGAGCUGAGAUCUUACGUUUGACCCAUACUCUCAAGAUUAAGAAUUGGAGAAAGGUCGAUUUGGAACGUGGAGAGGAGUUAGUGGUCAGUCGGAUUAGCGGUGCUCUUACCAAUGCUGUCUACAAAGUCACUCCGCCUACUGUCUCCCACGAGAAAGCUUCAAAGCCCGUGGACACUCCAUACAUGACACCCGUCGACAAAGACCGUCGCCCAAGGAAGCCAAAACCCCUCCUGCUCCGUAUCUAUGGCCCCCAAGUCGGCCACCUCAUCGACCGCGACACAGAACUCAACAUCCUCCGCCGUCUGGCAAAGCACAAAGUCGGUCCAACCCUCCUGGGAACCUUCGACAACGGUCGUUUCGAAGAAUUCUUCGAUGCGACAACACUCACCCGCGAAGACAUUCGACUACCCGAUACCUCCCGUCGUAUCGGUCGACGUAUGCGAGAUCUUCACGAUCAUAUCCCGCUCCUUGACUCCGAAAGAGCAGGUGGACCUAUGAUAUGGCGUAAUUGGGAGAAGUGGGUUGGUCGCGGUGAGAGAGUUAUGAAGGAGUUGCAGAGGAUAAAGGUGGGGAAGAAGUUAUUGGUUACCAAUUGGGAGAAGUUGAGAGAGAUUGUUGAAGAGCGUUAUAGGCCGUGGUUGGAGGAACGGUACGGUGGAAGGAAGGAGAUCAAGAGGCAACUGGUGUUCUGUCACAAUGAUACACAAUACGGCAACAUCAUGUCCCGCAUGUCAGAAACCGAACCUCCAACACCAGCUUCAAAAUCACCAGCACUCCUACCCCUCACCUCCCUAACCCCCCGACAAUCCCUCAUCGUCAUCGACUUCGAAUACGCCGGUGCAAACACCCGUGGCGCCGAAUUCGCAAACCACUUCUGCGAAUGGAUGUCAGACUACCACUGCAUCCUCUCCCCAACCGCCCACACAGUCCACGAAGCCCACUUCCCCACCGUCCCGGAACAACGUAACAUCCUCCGUUCCUACGUCGAACACCGUUCACUACCUUACGUAAUCCCAACCGAAGACGCCGCAGACCCAGAAUACAUGCGUAAACGCCAAAGCAUGAUAUUCAACCUCGAAGGUCGACUCCCAACCAAGGACGAAAUGGAAACAAUGGAAAAGGAAGUCGAAAGACUUGUAGUAGAAAGUAGGGAUUGGAGAGGAGCUGUUAACGCCUGUUGGGCGUUAUGGGGUAUUGUUCAAGCUGUUAUUCCUGGACUUGUGGUCGGUGAUGAGGAAAAGGAAGGGGACGAUGGAGAUGUGAAGAGCUUGAAGAGUGAAGAGGAAGGGGAUGAGUUUGAUUAUGUGAAGUAUGCGGAGCAGAAGGCUAUGGUGUUUUGGGGGGAUAUGGUGGGUCUUGGGGUUGUUAGUGAAGAUGAGGUUAAGGAGUGGAGUGGAGUUGAGAAUUUGAAGAAUAAGCUUAAGUGGUUGCCUGUGUAG